AUGUCAAGCUCUGAUGUCAAGCAUGCACCCUACCGGACCAAGAAACAAGUGAAAGGUCUUUCUCUUUCAAAAUUCAAACAACAACAACAUGUGAAAAUCAUGAUUAUUGGUAAUGGCAAUGUCGGUAAAACUUGUCUAUGCACAAGACUCUCUCAACAACGAUUUCCGGGUGGUUCCAUUGAUGAAUACGUUCCUGUCACUGUUGAUCCUUGCACUCAAACGGUCCAUUUUCCUUCAUUGAGUCAGCAACACAGUGAUCCCUUCACGGUUGAACUCAUUGAUACUGCAGGGGGCGAGUAUUAUGACACAGUUCGAGAACAAACCUAUGCUCAAGUAGAUUUAAUACUUGUUGCGUAUAACUGUGUGGAUUCAAAUUCUUUGCAAAAUGUAAGCUAUACAUGGCUUCCUGAAGCAAGAAAACACGCUCCUCAAACUCCAAUCAUUCUCGUUUCAACUAAAAUUGAUUUGAGACACAAUCAAGACAUCCUUUCACGAAAAAUGAAAAUCAUCUCUUUCGAAGAAGGAGAAGAGCUUGCAAAACACUCGCACUGUCUCACUUUUUUAGAGACUUCUGCAUUGAGGGAUGAAGGAUGCAAUGAUUUUCUGGAAAUUUGUGUCAAGGCCAUCAUGCUUUCCAAGAGGACUCAAUCUUGCUUACUUCAAUAG